UCUACGCAGAUUGGUUAAUAAGCACAGAAAAAAAGUGCCUGUGCCUUUUAACACUUCGCAGCGCGGUCGAAAUUUGCUUCCAGUUUUUAGAUUUCAACAUCCCUUCAACUUCUACUUUGCUACUGAAAUGAGGAUUAUAAGCCUGCUGCUCAUGUGUUGGUCAGUGGCUCCUAUGUGGAGACUGUCAUCCCUGGCAUCUCCUCCUAAUGUCAUGGGUGUCUUUGUAAAGGCUCGAACUGAGACCCUGCUAACUUUGGAGUGGACUAAAAUGAACAAUUUCAGCUACAUAUUGAGAUACAGUAACGGAACAGAAACUCCACUUACUGUAUCAGCUGAUGGGUCUGUUUUAAGAUAUACCGUCUCUUCUCUAUCUCCUGGGACCAAGUACACCUUUGUUUUGUAUGCAGUGUUUAAAGGAGUAAAGCACAGUGCUUUUAACUUUACUGCUGUUACUAGUCCCUCCAAUGUUGCCAGCGUGUCUGUAAAGGCUCGUUCAGAGACUGCAUUAACAUUUGAAUGGAGUAAGGUGAAAAACAAUAGUGUAUACACUUACAUCCUGAGGCAAAGCAACAGGUCUGACGUGCACACUCCCAUGUAUUGGGGAGGAUCUACAGCAACACAUACUGUAUCAUCUCUCAGUCCUGGGACCAAAUAUGCCUUCACUCUUUACACUGUAUUUGGGGGAGAGAGGAGUAGUGGCUACAACUUCUCUGCAGCAACCAUGCCUCUCAAUGUGGCAAGUGUUAAUGUAACACAGCGAUUUGCAAAUCGGUUGGAACUUUCUUGGGAAGAAGUGAAAAGCAAUAAUAUCAGCUACAUCCUGAGACACGGUAGCAAGGCUGAGACCACAAUUGCUGCAUUAGAGAAAAGUUCUGUAAUGACGCAUACAGUUUCAUCACUCUCUCCUGGGACCAGAUACAACUUCACUCUCUAUACUGUGUUUGAAGGAGUGAGGAGUAGAGGCCUGACCUUCAGCUCAGUCACAGCAUCUCUGACUGUGACUGGUCUGCGUUGUGAGCAUCUGUCUGGAGGAAAUGCUUUGGCUUUAGUUUGGGAUGCUCCAUCUGGGCAAUGGACAGGAGUAGAAGUGCAGAUGAAGGGAAGAAACCCUCAGUACUCGAAUGGAACAAGGCUCGAGUUCCAUGAUCUUCAUCCUGCCCUUUGGUACGAUGUGACGCUGAAAUUAUGUUCAGGAGAUGUAAAGAGUGCUCCAGUUUCAAUCAGCUGUCAGACUGAUCCAAGAGAUAAAUAUGCAGAUCCUUUGAGUACAAUUAUAGAAGCACCGGCAAGAAUUGCAGCUUUGAGUAUUGGGAGUGAUAGCAGGAGUCAUAUUGGCUCUUCUAUUCAUGGUCUUCCUAAUUUGUCUUGGAUUUGUAUAUCACAGGCAGUCUGUCCUCAACAGAAAAACUCAAUCAGACUUGCACGCCAAUCAAACAUCAAGUCAAGGAGCAGAGGAAGGUGCAUGUAAUGCUCCUGUUCUGGCAAAACAGCAGUCAUCUGAUAGCAGGAAGCACCUUGGCCAGAGACUGAAUAAGAAAAAAAGUGUUAAACCCACUCAGGAAAACCCUUACAGUAAUCCUAGUACUCCUAGCCACCAGUAAAGAAAGUAGCAAUAUGUUGGAGCAAACUGAAUACUUGCUAUUUUUGACUUGAUAUUUUCCUUGUUUUACAGGCAUGUCAGAUAUUAUUUCCAUGUACUGAUUUCUAGUUCACGUGUUUAUAGUAAGUAUUUUCUAAAAAAUGUUUUAAUAGAUUGGUCAUUAAGGACCUUCUAAAAAAAUAUUUAUAUUGCAAACAAGAUAGCCUGCUUCUUAAACAGUCAUGUAAAGAUUAAGCUCAAAUAACCUAAUUAAUUUACAUAUUUUUGACAAUAUGUGUACAUAUAUGUUCAUUACUUUGGCUUGGGUUGCAGUAUUACCGAAAAAGAAUUUAAGUAAAAGAGAAUCUUUGUCUUCUGCAUUUUAACAUGGACAAUAAAAGAUACUUUGGGUGCUGAUGAAAAAAAAACAUACUAGCUUAAGUGAAGUUUGUUAAAUGAAAUAAACAUAGAUGUAGACUUCAGGAGCAGGCCCUACCCAGAAAUUAUUGAUAUUUGACAAUUCCAUUAUCAUUUCUGAAGAAAUGGCAAAUCUGUUUAUACAGUAGGUUCAGAAAGUAUUCAGAGCCAUUCGGUUUUUACAUUGUUAUAGAUUUAAGUUAAAUGGAUUAAAUUUUUUUUUUUUGGCCAUUAAUCUACAUUAAUCAGAUUUACCCUAUUCCAAAGCAAUGGGCGUGUCAGGGUAAGAAGGGAAAUGCAGGAAGUGAUUCACCAGUCAUGCAUAGCGCCUACUGUACAAGCCUCUGGAGGCAGUGUUAUGAUCUGGGGUUGCAUCAACUGGUCAGGUCGAGGCUCCGCCUCAUUGUGUGGCAAUAAAAUGAAGUCAGCUAAGCACCUGAAUGUACUGAAUGACCAGGUUAUCCCGUCAAUGGACUUUUUCUUCCCUGACGGCACAGGCAUAUUCCAGGAUGAAAAUACUAAGAUUCAUCAGGCUUAACUUGUGAAAGAGUCAUUCAGGGAGCAUGAGGAAUCAUUUUCACACAUGAAUUGGCCACCACAGAGUCCUGACUUUAACCCCAUUGAAAGUCUUUAGGAUGUGCUGGAGAAGACUUUACGGAGUGGUUAGACUCUCCUGUCCUCAAUGCAAGAUCUCAGCCAAAGAUUAAUGCAACUCUGGAUGGAAAUAAAUGUUGAGAAGUUGCAUAAGGUUGCUGAAACAAUGCCAGGACGAAUUAUUAAAAUAUUAGAUUGUGCGACUUUUUUUUUUUUUGGCCAG